CCAAACUUCAAACAGCGUUGACGUUCCAACUUUUCGCGCCGUUUUUUCCCGCGACCGGCUGUCAUUUAUGUUGGUGAGGUCAGCGACUUGGACGCAUCGUGUCUUAUUUAAAUUGAUUUCUAGUUCAUUUUACCUGUUUUAUACUCAAAUUUAAAGAUGUUCGAAGCGCGUCUUUUACGUAGCUCCAUCCUCAAGAAGGUGCUGGAAGCCAUCAAAGAUCUGCUUACACAAGCCACGUUUGACUGCGAUAACACUGGGAUUCAAUUGCAGGCGAUGGACAACUCCCAUGUGUCACUUGUGUCUCUCACUCUCAGAUCUGAUGGCUUUGACAAGUAUAGGUGUGAUAGAAAUAUCUCCAUGGGCAUGAAUUUAGGAAGCAUGUCUAAGAUCCUGAAGUGUGCUGGUGACAAGGACACAGUGACAAUCAAGGCACAGGAUGAUGCUGACACCGUUACAUUCGUGUUCGAGAGCCCCAACCAAGAGAAGGUCUCCGAUUACGAGAUGAAGCUCAUGAACUUGGAUUUGGAGCAUUUGGGCAUUCCUGAGACUGAAUACAGCUGCACUAUUCGGUUACCUAGUGGUGAAUUCGCGCGUAUCUGCCGUGAUCUCUCACAGUUUGGAGAGUCUAUGGUCAUUUCUUGCACCAAAGAAGGAGUGAAAUUCUCAGCAUCAGGAGACAUUGGUUCAGCAAACAUUAAGCUCGCACAGACUGCAUCCAUUGACAAAGAAGAAGAGGCUGUAGUUAUUGAGAUGGAGGAACCGGUCACACUCACAUUCGCUUGCCAGUACCUGAACUACUUCACCAAAGCUACAUCCCUCAGUCCACAGGUUCAAUUGUCUAUGUCGGCUGAUGUCCCCCUGGUCGUAGAGUACCGCAUUCCAGAAAUUGGCCACAUUCGCUACUACUUAGCUCCUAAGAUCGAGGAAGAAGACAGUUAAAUUUAAGUUUACUUUGUUAAGUUUUACUUUAAUUAUGUAACUCACUUGUACUGGCACUUUCUAGAAUAUCAUGUUAAAUUCAAAUUUCUUAGGCCUGAUAUCUCAAUACACUGUGUGUAUCGCCGGAACUUGUGAUAAGUAAUAGUAUUUUUGUAAGGUAAUAAAUAAAGCCAUUCUACACAA